CUUUUGUGACAUGAUAGAGGGCUAUGUAUGAAAUAUGAAUAUGGGAUGGUGUUUCCUUAUACUUUCAACCAUUUUCAUAACCGUCAAUUGUAAGAAUUGAAUUAAAAUGGUCAGUUAACCCUGUCUAAUAAUUAUAACUUAAUAAUUUUUCAGUUUUUUUUCCUAAGAAUUUAACCGAUUAAACUAAUCAAAUGAUGAAAGACUAUUUUAGGUACAUAUGGACUUCAAUCUCCAUUGAGUUUUAUAUAGAUUAGUUUUUGGCAGUCCUAGAAAAUAAUAAUUUUGAUUUCGAAGAGCAAAAUAUAGAAAUAAGGACAAAAAGCAAAUCCAGCAAUAGUGGCGGCUACGACGGAGUGUUCUAUAAGAGGUUCUUCUAUUUAUCUGACAAGAAGAAGAAUCCAAGUCACAGAGUGUCAAAUUCAUUUCAAUUUUUAAGUCCCAGAUUCUGAUUUCUUAAGAUUUUCGUUUUACCUAAAAUGGGUAUUGUACCUGAUUGUAUUUUAUUCACAAGAUCACUUCAAGUUUGAGCCUUUACCUUUUAAACUUCUGGUAAUAGAUUCCACUUAUCUUGAAUAACAAGGUUAUAAAGUUCAAAACUUUAUAUUAAAAUUAGUAAGUUUUCAUCAAGUUUGAUUCUGGGUCUUCACCAAAAUGAAGAGGCGCAUGUUCUUGAAGCAUUCAACAGCUCUUAUCCUCAUUAUGGUAACUAUAUGCUGCCUUUUGAUUGUGAUAGUCACAGUUCUCAAGCUUCCAGAUGCAUCAACCAAGAACAGCCAAAUGGUAUUGUACCCAAAAAUCAGAUCCAGAAAAAUCCCUCAUGAUUUCAAGUUGAGCAAGCUCGGUAACAUGAUGCUUGAGAUGUUGCCUCAUGAUCUUGCAUUCACUGUUUUUGUUCCAUCGGAGGAAGCUUUCAAGCGAGAUCUGCGUCUAGAUUUCAAUGAUAGCUUGAAACCUGACAAGUACAAUGAUACAUAUGCGAUUGUGUCUCGUGUGUUGGGAUUCUCAGCUGUUCCUAGAUCAAUUCACUCGGAUAGUGUGAAACUUGGUGAGCUUGUGAACUAUGAUUCUUUAUCUGGGUUCUCACUUUACAUCUCAAAGGACAUCGAUGGAAUGUUGGUUGUUAAUAGGGUUCGAUCUGAAAUGGUGGAUUUUAAGAGGAAUGAGAUUGUUGUUCAUAUUAUGGAUGGUGUUAUUAUGGAUGCUGAGUUUGAGCAAUCCGUUCUCUCUUAUGAAACUGAGGAGGAUUGAGUUUUGUAUUCAAUUGAGUCUUCAUCUAUACAAAAUAUACAACUACACUUGUAUUUCAUAUAGGUAUCAUUUAGUUUUCUUCUUUUAAAUGAAAUUGUAAAGGUUAAAGGUUUUCUCUCCCUUCUUACUUAAUUUUUUGGACUAACUUUGAAGAUGUUCAAUUUAUGUACCCUUUAUUUAUAUUACCUUAAUAGAUAUAUGGAAAUAUUUU